AUGUCCAGUAAUAGCCAAGAUAGGACACAUAAUUGUUCGCAAACAGUGACUCUCCCAUGCUCUUCACAAGUGCUUCAACUCCGGGCCGAUCAGUCAGAGAACACCCCCAAGCUUACCAAUAAAGGUCAUAAAUCGAAGGUAAGGUGGGAUGAAAAGGUAAUAGAUAAUGAGCAUAUGAACAAGAAGAAAACAAAGAUUUGCUGUAUAUUCCACCCUCAGCAGAAUUUUGAAGAUACUGAAGAAGAAGAGCGGGAGGAGGAUAAAAAUAAUGAGCCUCAAAAUGAUUCUUCGAGUUCUUCUGAGUCGGAGAAUGAUGAAAGUUUGGAUUUUGAGGCCAGAAGACAAGCUAGAAUAAAAAGACGUAAUAGGAAGCUGGAGCAAGAAAGAUCUCAAAGCCCCAACGCCUACGAAAUACAGCCUGAUUAUAGUAAAUACAAGGACAAGCAUCUGCAUUCAAAAUAG